AGUUUAUUGAGGUAUGAGGGGUACGAGGGUGUGAUAGCAACAGCAUCCAGUCGGCAGGAGGCCGUCCACACUGACAGGUUUUAAGUGAUCAUCAUGGCGAGUUUUCGUGUUGUCGGGGCUCUGUGCCGGCUCAGUGCCCGCAGACUAACUCAGUUUAGAAUGCCCAUGCUGAGCAGUAGAUUUUUGUCGACCACUGUGAGAGCCAUGGGUGUCCACGCCAACCUAGCAGUCAAAGAUGGUGUCGGUGUGGUAACUGUAAACUCUCCUGGAAAAGUUAAUGUUCUUAAUGAGAUAGUAAUGGAUGAGAUUGUGAAAAUUUUUGAUGAGAUUGAGAGCAAUGCAGAUAUUCAGGCUGCUGUACUGAUUUCUGGUAAGCCUGAUUGUUUCAUUGCUGGAGCAGACAUUGCAAUGAUAGAAAAAUGCAAAACAGCCAAGGCAGUUCAGGAUCUUUCCGAGUCAUGCCAUGAAAUUUUUUUCCGCAUUGAGAGGAGCAAGAAACCUGUGGUUGCAGCAAUUAUGGGUCCAGCCUUAGGUGGUGGACUUGAAGCUGCAAUGUGUUGUCACUACCGUCUGGCUGUAAAGGAUAAAUCCGGACUUGGUUUGCCAGAAGUUAUGUUGGGCCUUUUACCAGGCGGGGGUGGCACUCAGCGCCUUCACAAAUUAGUAGGUGUUCCCACUGCUUUGGACAUGGCUCUUACUGGUAAAACUCUGACUGCAGAUAAAGCCAAGAAGGUGGGCUUAAUAGAUGAGCUGGUAAAUCCCCUUGGUCCGGGUGUAGGGUCGAAAGAAGAUCUUACACUGGCAUAUUUACAGGAAAUAGCCAUCAAGACUGCUAAAAAUCUGGCUAGCGGAGACCUGCAGCCAAAGCGUGGCCCUAAAAAUAUGAUGGAUAAAGUAAUGAAUAUGGCUUUACAAUAUGAUUUUGUAAAAGAUCAAGUCUUCAAAAAGGCCAGGUCAACUGUAAUGAAGCAGACAAAUGGGUUAUAUCCUUCCCCUCUAAAAAUCUUAGAGGUCAUUCGUACUAGCUUGGACAAAGGGCCAAAAGAUGGCUAUGCUGCAGAGGCAAGAGCUUUUGGUGAAUUGGCCAUGACUAGUGAAUCUAGAGGCUUAAUUGGACUGUUUCAUGGACAAACUGAAUGCAAAAAGAACAGAUUUGGGAAGCCACAGCGUCCAGCUAAGACACUUGCUGUUCUUGGAGCAGGAUUAAUGGGUGCUGGUGUUGCUCAGGUUUCUAUAGACAAAGGCUUCCAGACUAUUUUAAAGGAUGUGAGCAAUGCUGGGCUAGCCCGAGGCAUUAACCAGGUACAGGAAGGAUUAGAUAAAGCCGUAAAACGCAAAAAGAUCAUAAAAUUGGUGGCUGACCAGUAUAUGUCUAACUUAGAGCCAACAGUUUCUUAUAAAUGUUUCAAUGAUUGUGACAUGGUGAUUGAAGCAGUGUUUGAAGACUUGGCCAUCAAGCACCGUGUGUUGAAGGAAGUGGAAGCCCAUGUUCCUGCUCAUUGUAUCUUUGCUUCCAACACUUCAUCUCUACCUAUUACGGAUAUUGCAAAAGGAAGCAUUCGCCCAGAAAAGGUAAUAGGUAUGCAUUACUUCUCUCCGGUGGACAAGAUGCAGCUGUUGGAGAUCAUCACUACAGAGAAGACUUCACAAGAUACCAUAGCUUCAGCAGUGGAUGUAGGACUCAGACAAGGCAAAGUUGUGAUUGUAGUAAAAGAUGGUCCAGGAUUUUACACCACAAGAAUAUUUAGUACUAUGCUAGACAGUGGGUUAGUGCUCUUCCAAGAAGGUGUAGAGCCUAAAAGGCUGGACACGGUUUCAAAAGCCUUUGGUUGGCCUGUGGGUUCUGCAACACUGCUAGAUGAAGUUGGCUGUGAUAUUGCCUUGCAUGUAGGAGAGUACCUGGGUAAAGCACUGGGCUCCAGAUUUGGUAAUGGAGACAUUAAUGUCUUGAAGGAGAUGGUGGCUGCUGGAUUCCUUGGACGAAAAUCAGGUAAAGGUAUAUAUACGUACGAACCAGGAGUGAAGGAACGCAACGUAAACGAAGGAGCGAAAGAAAUCUUGAAGAGGUACAGUGUGGCCCCUAAGGUUCCCCUGACUGACGAGUCAAUACAAAUGCGUAUGGCUAGCAGAUUCAUCAAUGAAGCAGUUCUCUGCCUUCAGGAAGGUAUCCUCAGCAGUCCACUUGAGGGAGACAUUGGUGCUGUAUUUGGCUUGGGCUUCCCACCAUUCUCUGGUGGACCAUUCCACUUUGUUGACAACUAUGGAGCAGACAAAUUAGUAGCCAAAAUGCGAGAAUAUGAAGCAGGAUAUGGAAUUUCCUUCACACCUUGCCAGCUGUUGCUUGACUAUGCUGCAGACCCCACAAAGAAAUUCUUCAAAUAAAUUUACCCUAUGAUCUAAAAAAAAAGUGCAAAAUAUAAAUUUUUAAGUGUCUUGCCUAAUUUCAAGUGUAAAUGAGGAAGUCAAACCUCCAGCUUUCAUUACACCUAUUCAUUCUUGUGCACAGUCAUUGUAAUUUCUUUAAGUUCCAUAUAUAAAGUUGAGGUACUCUAAAUAAAAUCCUGCAUGCAGAACAAGACCUCAACCAUAUGCCUAUAUUUUGUGACCUAUUUGGAGAUAAAGGAGCAGAACCUUUGUUUCUGUGCCUUGCAUGAGACAUGAACAAUGUAUAUUUCUGUAAAUAUGUCACCGAGUCUUCAAUUUUUGACUAGACAGUGUAUUAUGUGCAAGAGAUAUUAAGUGUAUAUUUCUGUAAAUAUGGAAAGAGGUUUUUACAAAUGAAAAUGAAUCAUGCAUAGGCACAGAGUUAAUCAAUGCAAUUUUAUAGGUUAAUUCUUUUUUUUUUUUGUAAACUAAAUAGAAGUUUAAAUUGUGGAAAGAGAAUGAAGUAUUUUAAUUACUCUUUCCCUAACUAUGGUAUAGGAGUUUCAUAAAAAUUUUAUAAUUCA